AUGGACAGGGCGAGGUGGCAACGGGUACUGACCCUCCUCCCCAUCUGCCUGGCGCUUGCCUUCUCCCUCACGGCCAUGGGCAGCAGCCACUGGUGUGAGGGGAUCCGGCGGAUGACGAAACCACUGUGCCAGGACCUCCUGGGGGGACUGAACUGCAUUCACUUCAGCCGGACCAACAGCAGCCCUGGGAGAAGGCACGGUGAUAGCCAGGCUGUCCAGUACAUCUGGGAGACGGGGGACGACAAGUUCAUCCAGCGCAGGUUCCACGCGGGGCUCUGGCAGUCCUGUGAGGAAAGUCUCAACAGCACAGGUGAGCGAUGCAGGUGCUUCCUGGGGAUAGUGCCCACCGAGGGACAAGGUGUUUUGUGGCUCUCCAUUGGGGCUGAAGUCUUGGAUGUCUUCCUGAUACUGACAGGUGUCGUCUUCCUGGGCUUCAGUGUGAGUUGUUACCAUUCUGGAUGCAACUGGCUCAAGGUGGAUGCCUCAGUGGCCAUCCUCAUGGCGCUCGCAGGGCUCCUGGGCAUGGUGGCCCAUAUGAUGUACACAACUAGUUUUCAAAUCACUGUGAACCUGGGACCAGAAGAUUGGCGGCCCCAGACAUGGGACUAUGGCUGGUCCUAUUGCCUCGCCUGGGGAUCUUUCGCCCUCUGUAUGGCUGUGGCAGUGGCGACCAUGAGCAGAUACACGGCUGCCCAUGCAGAGAAGCCAAGGGCACAGAGAGGCGGUCCAUACCCUCAGCACAACAUCCCACAGCCUGAAGCGUCACAGCGGGUUUGGCAGGCAGGAGCUGCUUCCCCCUCUGUGGGACAAGUCUUCGUGAAUGUUCCUGGACACCAUCCCCUAGGUAUAGGAGGCAAAGUGUCCGUGUGCUAG